AUGGAUUGUGGAGAUGGUUCCAACGGCGCUGUGCUGGCCAAAACCAUGACCUUCGCGCGUUCUAAAGUGCCUUUAUUCGGCGCUGUCAUCGACUAUAUGCAAAUCAGUAUGAAUUACCUCAGAAUGCACACUUUCGCCCAAGCUGAUCAACUUCAGGCGAAAGCGUCAAAAGCUACUCUGUCAGCCACCUUCAUGGCCGCAGUCUGUUUGUUGCUAGGCUUGACUUGCAACGUGAAAUUAGAGGUGGUGAUGUUUGACGAAGAGCCUUUGCCAAAUGAUCUGCAUAUAAUGCUGAUGAGUAAGGAGGACAAGCUGUACAUUGAUGACAUCGAUGUGACUAGAGUAAUGUGGUGUAUUGAAGCAUCAGACGCUCUCGUCAUGAUAAUCAGCUGCCUGCUAAUUUGGAAUUCUGCAAAUGUGCGCACGCCACUGAGCGAGUACCUAUUCCUGCCGUGGCUGGGUGCCACCCUCCGAGGACUCUUCCUGAGGCAAGCGCCAACAGCUGGCGCUCUUCUCUACACCAUGGCGGUCAUCAAUGGCAACGUGAACCCCUUGUUUUUAACUGCCUUCUCGUUCCUUUUCUUGCUGGAAGCGCGUCUUUGGCUGGAGAUCGCUCGUAUCAACAGGUCCCGUUGGGAACGCCGGGACCACGUCAGAGACGCCAGGAACUCUGAGUAUGAAGUAGAGACCCUCUGGAGCAAUGAAGAUGUGCAGAGUGUGGAAGUGAGGAAUUAUGUCUAUUAACAUGAUUUGUUGUCAAUAGAAAAUUUGAUGUGAUGCAGUUGUAUUUUUGUUUAAAUUGUCAUCAGUGUUGAAAUUGUGAUGUGAAGUUAAAUAAAAUGUAUUUUUUGAUGUCUCUCAAUGUCUAUUGCAUUAGAUUGGAUGAAACCCACGGAAUUUUUGUAAUAAAACCCUAUUAAAUAAGAAAGUACUUAAUUUAGUAUUUUUGUGUUUCAUCCAACUAGUAAUCAAUUUUGGUAACAUUUUGCCACAGUUUUAGUUUCUUUAUUAUAUUUUUGUUCAACAUAUGUCCUUGUAAAUAAAAUUGAAAACUAUAUUAAAAUGUCACCAAAAAUGUCAAUUUCAGUAAGUUCUGUGUUUGGAUUAUCAUUAAUGUGUACUAAACUAGAUAAUAUUAAUAAUUCUGUGAUAGAUAAUAUUUCAUUCUUUUCUGACAUUAGCUCUUAUUUUACUAAUAUUGAUUUGUUUUUGUUGUCCAACAAUCUGUCACUAUUUAAAUCUUAAUUCCACCACAUAAAGCCAUAGAGCUGAACGUAGCCUUUUAGUCUUAUGAAGACUGUUGGAUCUGUCUACCACGUAAGGGAUAGUGACCUGUUAUAUGUAUGUAUGUAGCGCCCUUUAGCUUGUAAAGAAAUAAAAAUUAAACUGGAGCUAAGUCCCGGGCAAAGCUAUAAAUUAGUAGUUGUGUAUUACCUACUGAUAAAAUAUUUUUUAACGACGACUGAAGUUCUAUAAUGUCAAAUAUAUUUCAAGACAGAUUUUCUGUGAAAAGAUUUGACAAAACUAUAUCGGGCGUCGUCCGCCUCUUUUUUUGUCUUUCAUAACAUUGUGCAAUUCCUUAUUUAUGCCUAUAAUAAAUACUCAAUGCUAUAAUAUGAAGAUAUAGAUAUGACCUACGUCAAGUUAGGUAAGUCCAAUAACUGUUGCCCGCGAUUUCUUUCCCCGUAAAAAACUUAUCACUGACAAUGAUCAGACCCCAUGUAAUUGUCCAGUGGAUUUCUAAGUUACGUAGGUAUUAUUUUCAUUUUGGCUUAUUGAAUUUUGUGUGUAGGUAUUCUUGGGUGGUCAAACUAUACAUUUUUAUAUUUUAGAGGGAAGCCUCCACUUAUAUUCUAAAGAAAAAAAGGUAGAGGAAGGAUUUGAACCUGUUGUGGUUCCAUGCGUCUCACAUGCAUUUUAAUAUACAUAUAAGUUAAUUGCCAAUUUUUUUACAUUACUUAUAAAGAAAUUAAAUAAUAAUGUUAAUAAUAAGUUUCUUACUACAACAAGAUACAUACUAUAUCUUAUUUGAAUAAUUUAUAAUUUAACAACAGCUUUUCCAGUAUUCUCUCCACUAAGCAUGGCAAUAAAAGCUUCAAACACCUUGUCAAACCCCUCUGUUACGUGUUCUGGUGUCUUCAGCUCACCACUCUUUAUCAACUUGACCAGCUCCACAAACGCCCCGUGCCAGCUGUCGUACCUGUCCCAGAUUUUAAAUCCUUCCAGUUUCAA